GCAUGGCGGCUGUGCCUUCUCUGUUGCCAUGGUUUCGCAUUUUUCUCCCGUGGGCUCCGUGUUCGCAUAGGUCCUACAGUGUGGUAUAGUUUCGGGGGUUUCGCGCGCUUUCUCAAAUAGAUAUUAUACUUGGGCUUGCGGAGUCAGUCUGCGUUUCAAUCGAAGGUAAGUGUUGUCAUUUGCUAACUGUUUCUGUUCGGUCUGGCCUGCGGACAUACGUGUGAUGGCCUUAUUUUUCACCUUCUUUAGAGCUUACAGUUGGCGGGAAGCGCGCCAUGGAAAGCGAAUACGAAAGUGACCCCUUUGCUGUGGUCUCAUUCCCUGAAGAGGAGGACAGUUUGGCCAUCAUUCACACGUCAUGGCUGAAACGAGACCACCGCUCUACGUUUUGGCCAAUAGAAAAAAACCCUGGCAAACGGCGAAAACUAACGAUGCAAGGCACUAAGCCAACAGACUCUUGGAUUGAAGUGCAGUGCGUCGUCAAACGCUGGGCUGGUAAGGUUGACUUUUGCUUUCUCAAUUUCUGUGUUGUAAAAAACUUUUUCCCCCCAGAUACCUAUGAGAGGGCGCAAAACAAGCUUAAUUCCCUCCAGUACUCAUCUGACAGUAACAGUGGAAGAGAAUUGGGACGGGGCAAAAGAAGGCGGCGACGUGCAAUGCAUUUUCGAGAUGAUGAGGAGAAUGGCAGCUCAGACUACGAUGAAAAUGAUGAAUAUGUCCAACCAAGGGCACCAACACCACCUCAGCCACUAUCCGUGACAGGCAGGUAUGAGCCGACCUCGGGAGAGCUGUCUUACCAACUCCCGCACUGUACAGGUAACCUGCCUGAAGCAACUCAAAUUCUUUAUAGUAACCAUUCUUUUACUUCAGAUGUUCGGGACUGUUCAUUUUCACUCAUGGAGGCCUCACAACAAAGUUCACAGGCCACUUCUUGA